UGUGUGUGUGAGGAGGCUCCAGGUGAAUCUGAUAUCAGCUGAUUGAUUAGUUAAUGAGACUCUACUGGUGUUCAUUUCUUCAGUGAACAGGAAGUGACUGUGUGAUAACAGAAGUUUGGACCUGAGUGAUAAUCAAUAACCAAUAAUAACUGAUGGAGAGAGUAAGUCACCUGAGCAGGUUAAUAAUUGUAGUUAAUGUUGAUGGACUUUCACCUGAAGCUCUCUCGGUCCACUUGUCUCUCUCGUCUACCUGUCUCGCUCUCCCUUUGUUGUUCGGUGGUCGAUCGGCUGAGAUGGAAGACGCCUCAAAGAGUCAUGAUAACCUAGCAAAGGGGCGGAGCCACAAGGCAGACAGGGUUAACCUGCCAAUGGAAGGUGAAGGACACAAUAAACAGCCAAUAGGAGCGCAGGGGGCAAGGUCAGACAUGAUUUACACCAUCGAAGAUGUCCCACCCUGGUACCUGUGUAUUCUACUUGGACUACAGCAUUAUCUGACGUGUUUCAGCGGCACUGUAGCGGUGCCGUUUCUUCUGGCAGAGGCCAUGUGUGUCGGUCGAGACCAGAACACCAUCAGUCAGCUAGUCGGAACCAUUUUCACCACAGUUGGUAUCACAACUCUGAUCCAGACCACCGUAGGAGUCAGGCUUCCUCUCUUUCAGGCCAGUGCAUUUGCUUUCUUGAUUCCUGCCCAAGCGAUCCUCGGUCUUGACCGUUGGCGGUGUCCCAGCGAGGAGGAGAUUUAUGGGAACUGGAGUCUUCCACUCAACACCUCACACAUCUGGCAGCCACGCAUCAGAGAGAUCCAGGGGGCCAUCAUCGUGUCCAGUGCUGUAGAGCUUGUGAUUGGUCUGUGUGGGUUGCCAGGUUUGCUGCUGGAGUACAUCGGCCCACUCACCAUCACUCCAACUGUCUCACUGAUCGGCCUGUCUGUCUUCACCACAGCUGGAGACAGAGCUGGGUCUCACUGGGGCCUGUCAGCACUGUGUAUUUUGCUCAUCGUGCUGUUUGCUCAGUACCUGAGAGAGACUUCACUUCCUGUUCCUGUUUACAGCAGGAAGCAAGGACUGACCUCCACCAGAGUCCAGAUCUUCAAAAUGUUUCCUAUCAUGCUCGCCAUCAUGUUGGUUUGGCUCGUUUGUUACAUUCUCACGCUCACCAACCUGUUGCCGAGCAACCCUGAUACCUACGGACACAAGGCCCGGACAGACGCUCGUGGUGACAUCAUGGCUUCAUCACCCUGGUUCAGAGUACCCUACCCCUGCCAGUGGGGGUUGCCAGUGGUAACGGUUGCCGGGGUGUUGGGGAUGCUGAGUGCCACCAUGGCGGGCAUCGUGGAAUCGAUUGGUGAUUAUUACGCCUGUGCUCGUCUGUCUGGAGCCACACCCCCUCCAGUCCACGCCAUUAACAGGGGGAUCUUCACUGAAGGCGUUUGCUGCAUCAUUGCUGGUCUUUUAGGGACAGGAAACGGCUCCACCUCCUCCAGUCCAAAUAUAGGCGUUCUGGGCAUCACCAAGGUUGGCAGCAGGCGUGUGGUGCAGUACGGAGCUGGUAUCAUGUUAAUAUUGGGGUCAGUUGGGAAGUUCACGGCUCUGUUCGCGUCCCUGCCAGAUCCUAUCCUUGGAGGAAUGUUCUGCACUCUUUUUGGUAUGAUCACAGCCGUCGGUCUCUCUAACCUGCAGUUCGUGGAUUUGAACUCGUCAAGAAAUCUUUUUGUUCUGGGAUUCUCGAUGUUCUUCGGUCUGACUCUGCCAAUGUACUUGGACAAACACCCCAGCUCCAUUAACACAGGUCUUGCAGAGCUGGAUCAGAUCCUGACGGUUCUUCUGUCCACCGAGAUGUUUGUUGGAGGUUUUCUGGCUUUUUGUCUCGACAACACAAUACCAGGUUCCAAGCAGGAGCGAGGUUUAGUUGAGUGGAGGUCCUCUUCCUCCUCUUCCUCCUCGUAUGAUCUUCCUUUGGGGAUGGGUCUGGUCAGACGGACUCGAUGGCUCAGAUGCUUUCCCAUCAGCCCCUCCUUCAGAGGUUUCCAGGCUUCUGAACCCCUGCAGCUGCCUGAGGAGGAGGAGGUGGCGGUGCAAGAAAGAGGAGAGGAGGAAGCUCCUGACAUCGACCUGCCGGGUACCAAGGUUUGAGUGGGAAUCAAACCUGUGACGUGUCUGAACUGUUUUAGUCAGUUAUUGACGUAAAUCUUCAGUUGAUCAGAUUUGUGAAUGUUUUACUGGUGAUUUAUUAAUCUGCUGAUUUUGCCUUCACUUCACGUGAUUCAGACUUUAAUCACAAUCAGACUCUUAAAUUCAGAUUACGAGAUUUUAUUAAAGUGCGACAGUGAUCCUAGCAGUUGGAGCUCGUCUAAAGUUUAGAUAAACAUGAAACUCCUUUUUGAAUAUCAAAACAAAAGAUUAAUAAAUGUUUUACAAAA